ACCAAUUUAAUAGAUAUAAAAUACUAACGCGACACUUCUCUUGUAGUGUUGGUGUACUCAAGCAUAAAAUUAUGAUUUUAUUCUACAUCUGCGGAAUCGCUGCUAUUGCAAAUGGAGCGACAAUCCCCCUAACCAACUUACUACCACCAGACUUUCCUCACUCCUCACCUUCUGAAACAGAAAUCAGCGCCAAGCUCAAAGGCCUCUACGUGCCAGAUAACCUUGAAAAACUCUAUGAUGAUGGUUCCGACAAAUCUCCUCCCGCCCCCGUUCCGCUGGCCAACUCCCCUUACGGACCCGUGCCCGCUGGAUCGGGUCUUGAAGGGCAAUAUGUCGCAGACAACUUGGACAAGAGGUACGAUCCUGGUUUAUAUACUCCUGAUAACCUCGAGCAGAAAUUCGACAAUGGACUUUACAAGAAUGAAAACACUCCUGAACCCAUUCUGUUUCAAUCUCGUUUUGGUUUGGUGCCUGCCGGUUCGGGUCUUGAAGGGCAGUAUGCCGAUGAUGAAAUUGAAAAACAGUUUGAUAGGGGACAGUACGUUGAUGCUCAACUUGAGAAACGCUUCAAUGACGGACUUUACAGAGGUGAACCUUCUGCAACUUCAGCUUACAAUGAAGUUCCCCAUGGUUUGGUAUCUGCCGGAGUUGGUUUGGUGCCUUCCAAAUAAUAAAAAAGUGUGUAGUUGGUAACAAAUCGUGAGUGUUUUAUUGUAGAAGUUUUCACAGAAGUAGUAUUGUUAAACCCCACACAUAAUGUUUUGUUUUAACUAAUACUAUGACCAGGUAGUUUCAAAUCAAUAAAAAUUAUUUUAUUUUGUUGAA